GCGUCCCUCCCCGCCCUCUCGGAGGCCUCACGGCCGCCUCAGAGCCGGGGGGCGGCGGCGGCAGCCCGGGGCCGGGGUGGCAGGUCCGAGAGCAACAGGAGGAAGAUGAGCGUUUCCCCACCAUGUCUCUCCAUGCAGUGGCUGUAGCCAGCUACAGCGGGGUCUUCAGGCACUCCGGCAAGUUAAACCACGAAAAUCUAAAGGUGGCUUUUACAGAGUCAGCAUUUUCUUCAAACCCCUCAGCGAGGAUUAGCUGUCUUGCUCCAACACCUCAAAUUUCAGUUCUCUCAGACGAAUACUCAAGGCCAGCUGUAAUUGGACAUGCUGGAAGUUUUGGAUCGUACCCAGAUAGUGCCGAAGCCAUCAAAGACAUUCUCGUGUCCGUUCUAAGCGCAUCUGGUUUGAAACCCUCUCUGCUUUCGGAGCAGAGCACGAUGCAGGGAGCUGAACAGCCAGACAGUGACAUGGAAGGGUGGGAAGAAAGCAGCGAUGGGGAUAACAACGAGGACAGUGACAGCGAUUCGGCGCAUCACAGCGCUGCCUGUACGCAAACAGACAUCAGGUUUACAAGGCACCGGGCGUGCUGGGACAACAGGGACUGUGAUUCCUCUAGACCUUCGCUGGAUACAUUCUUUCAUCCACCUUACUCUGACCGGGAUGCUGCUACUUCUUCCCUGAAUGGUUUCACUCUUUCGGACGUAUCCCCUCUGAAGCGGGACUGCUUUACGCAAGUGACGUUAACAGGAGGCACCGUCACGUCAGCUGUCGUGCAUCCUGUAAGAGAAUGCCAAAAUUCUUUAAGCUCCCCUGAACGAGACUUGACUUUUACAAGGCUUCUUCCAGAUUCAGCCGUUAGUAAGCCAGCAGCUCUAUUUAAAUACCCCGCAGCUUCAGAGCCUGCAGAAGUCAGCAGCAGUGACAGCAGUUCUCCCCCUGUGUUUCCCCAGUCAGAGCCUUUCAAUCGAACAGGUUCUGCUUCAGUUUUGAACAUAAGCGCUGUACCCUUGAAUCGUUCGUUGCAGGACAUCUUCGUGCUUCCAGAAGAUGUGGAGAAGGAGAACGCACACUUCUUUGUUGCAGACAUGAUUAUAGCAUCCCUGGAAAAGAUGAAAUGUAAUAUCCUAAGCCAACAAGCAGAGUCCUGGGGUGUGGAUGAAACGAGCGGAUCGGAUGGCAGCUAUCACACCGAUUCGGAGUUAUCCUCUUACCCUGGAGUGAAGAAGUCUGAUUCUUCUGUAGCCUCUUCAGACAGCGGUUAUGAAGGCUGUGCUCUGCUGCCUGUCAGCUCCUCAGCACAUCUACCAUCACAUCACGAGGCUGCCAGGUUCCCCUGCCACAGCGACUCAGAGGAUGAGUAUGUAGUUAUUGAACUUGAAGACCUUGAAAAUCUGUCUGUCACCCCAGAUGAAAGAUCAUCUUUUGAACCAGGCAGCAAUUCUGCUGAAGCAACAGCUCAGGAAUUGUGCAGAGCUUUCAGAAAACACUGGUUGCAGGCAGAAUCUGCAGUGCAACUGUCUGGUUGCCUGAGCUCAUCUAAGCAGAGAUCUGUGCUGAAAGAAGAGAUUCCGAGAGAGCUUGAGUCCAGUUUGAGUCUGGCUGAAGAAAUAAAGAUCAUAUCCAAAUUAAGAGGAUCUUCUGGCUGGACCCCACCAAGAUCUCAGAUUAUAUUUAACAUUCACCCUUCAGUUAAGAGAGAUGCAGUGGUAGCUGCCCAAAACUUUACGUGUGUUGGUUGUGGAACCCCAGUAGAAAGCAAAUAUAUCAGGAGACUCCGCUAUUGUGACUACCUGGGGAAAUACUUUUGUGACUGUUGCCACAGCUACGCUCAGUCUUCAAUUCCUGCCCGAAUACUGAUGAAGUGGGACUUCAAAAAAUACUACGUGUGCAACUUCUCCAAACACCUACUGGACAGCAUAUGGCAGCAACCAAUUUUCAACGUGUCGACUAUCAACAAAGCCCUCUAUACAAAAACAAAGGAAAUGGACAGGGUGAGGGAGGCACAAGAACAGCUUUUUCAUUUAAAAAAGCUUUUGAAAACCUGCAGGUUUGGUGAAAGUGUGCUGAAAGAAUUUGAACAGGUCCCCAGCCAUCUGACAGAGGAGCUGCAUCUCUUCUCAUUGGAUGAUCUGGUGAAGAUCAAACGAGGGCAGUUACUGCCCCUUCUUAAAGAUAUUCUGAAGACCUCCAUCUCUCACGUGGAUGGUUGUGAGCUCUGUCAAGCCAAGGGAUUUAUCUGUGAAUUCUGUCAGAGUGCAGAUCUGCUCUUUGCAUUUCAGACUGCCAAAUGCAAAAGAUGCACAGAGUGCAAAGCGUGCUUUCACAAAGCAUGUUUCAAGUCUGGAGGCUGCCCCAAGUGUCUGCGGAUCGCAGCUCGGAGGACGCUUUCAGAAACUCCAUCAGUGGUGCCUCUGUGAAACUGGAUUCCUCUGAUGAUGAUUGCCCGUGUCAGACGAUGCUCGAAGACAAAUCUUCAGGUGCUUGACUAAGGAUUAAAUAAUGUUGUUUUAGACAUUACUAUUCUUAAUGUAUGUCUCCUUUAGGGGAAGAAAAAAAAGGGGGGAAGAAAAGGCCUUUAAUAUCAUCCUUGAAAACUCUCCCUAAAGGAGUUUCAUCUUAACUGGUGACUGAAAGACGGGGUGUUAAUUCAGUGAGCAGCAUUUUUGUUGCUUUGUUUCGUCUUUGUAUGUAAGAUUUUUAAUAUUAUAUUUUUCCAUAUAACAAUGAUUCUUCUCUGUAAUUAUGCAAAUAAUGUAUACAUAGUAAACAAGUGUUGGAAAUCCUUA